CGGCCUCCGUUGCAUUACUCGAGGACGUAGGACGGUGGUCAACCAUAUUGUCUCUGAUACAGCAGAAAUCACACACUGGCACUGACACACCGGCGACGGAGGGAGUCGAGGACCAUUGGCUUAAACAAACUCACCUAACUGGGAAGCAUUUCGGUCGUCGAAUUGAUCAAGGGGCUAUCCCACCGUGCCCCUGGUGGCCCCUUCCCCCGUCCUCAGGCAAAGCCCCCCCCCCCCUUCCCCCCCAACCCCUUUCUCUGUUGCGAUCAACUCUCCUCACCCCCUACCUUCCCUCCUCUUCCUCCCUCCCGCCCACCCAUUCCCCCUGUACUCCAACCGUCAUCCGCUGCAGUAAAAUCUCCCAACCAUCUCUGCCAAGCUGUCGGACAUGUCAGGACCUGUGCCGAGCCGGGCCCGAGUGUACACUGAGGUCAACACUCACCGGCCCAGGGAGUACUGGGACUAUGAGUCCCAUGUUGUUGAAUGGGGAAAUCAGGAUGACUUUCAAUUGGUGCGUAAGCUAGGGCGUGGCAAGUACAGUGAAGUCUUUGAGGCAAUCAACAUCACCAAUAAUGAGAAGGUGGUGGUGAAGAUACUGAAGCCUGUGAAGAAAAAGAAAAUCAAGCGUGAGAUCAAGAUUUUGGAGAACCUACGUGGAGGUCCUAACAUUAUCUCCCUCAUUGAUAUUGUGAAAGACCCUGUACGUGGCGAGCCCACCACCUGUGCAAGCUUAUCGAUUUCGCUUGGGAAGUAUGUGUCUUCCCGGACGCCCGCCUUGGUCUUUGAGCAUGUUGACAACACAGACUUCAAGCAACUGUACCAGACCCUGACAGACUAUGACAUCCGGUUCUACAUGUACGAGAUCCUCAAGGCCCUAGACUACUGCCACAGCAUGGGAAUCAUGCAUAGAGAUGUGAAGCCUCAUAACGUGAUGAUUGAUCAUGAACAACGCAAGUUACGCCUUAUUGACUGGGGUCUGGCAGAGUUUUACCACCCAGGACAGGAGUACAACGUUAGAGUAGCCUCCCGCUACUUUAAAGGACCUGAGCUCCUGGUGGACUAUCAGAUGUACGACUACAGUCUGGAUAUGUGGAGCUUGGGUUGUAUGUUGGCUAGCAUGGUCUUCAGGAAGGAGCCCUUCUUCCAUGGCCAUGACAACUAUGACCAGUUGGUGAGAAUAGCCAAGGUUCUGGGGACUGAAGACCUUUACGACUACAUUGACAAGUACAAUAUUGAGCUGGAACCACGCUUCAAUGACAUUCUGGGAAGGCAUUCUCGUAAGCGGUGGGAGCGGUUUGUCCACAGUGAGAAUCAGCACCUGGUCAGCCCAGAGGCAUUGGAUUUCCUGGACAAACUGCUGCGCUAUGACCACCAGGCUCGGCUGACUGCUCGCGAGGCCAUGGAUCACCCGUACUUCUUUCCCAUCGUGAAAGAUCAGUCUCGUGUGGCCGGAUCAGCCAACCUAUCCGGUGGAAACACAGCUGUUAGCACAGCCAGCAUGAUCACAGGUAUCUCUGCUUUGCCAGCCUCCACUGCCCUGGGCCCCCUCACUGGCUCGCCGGUCCUGUCUGCUGCCACCAACGUCCUGAGCACCCCGGUGCCUGCAGCUGCUGGCGCCCCGCUGUGACAUCCUACCCAAAUCCACACUCCCUCUCCUUCUCCCCAGGCUCUCCCACUACCGCCCAGCCAGCGGGGAGAAACUAAAAAGGUGCCACUCUGCCAGCCUUCACCAUAUCUAACCCGACUCAGUGUAACUGCGCCUCACCAACCUGCCGGCUGAAGGACGCUGUGGACUAAGAAAAGAAUGUUCCUUUUCCUCUCCAAUGAACUUGUUAACCUGACAUCUGAAAUGAAUGUUCUGUGUAAUUGAAAUAUACAGGUAUUUCUUUAAUUCUCCCACAACCUGUAAAGAAUACAAAGGGGUGUGUUUGUGUGUGGUAAGUCUGAGAGCGAGUGACAUCCAUGGCUGAUUCCUGUAUUUUCAGUUUGAAUUGAGGUCAAUAAGUACAUCAGCAGAAGGCAAAGGAAAUAUGUGUUUGCUAUCAGGACCAAAAGGAGCAAAUCCUGAAUAGUUAACUACUGCAGUAUUGUCAAAAAACAAGACCUGGUGACACUUAAUUUCACUCCCGAGAUGAGUCUAAACACCCGCAAGAUCGCAGCAUUUUGGAAGUGUCUGGUGCUCCAGGUGUAUGUGAACACAAUGACACAUCAACACUUAUCUGCCUGAGAAGUUUUGUCUUGAAUUUCUUACCAAACCAGAUCACCAGUCUUCUUUUGAUAUUUGACUCUGUCACGUCAUCUGUUAUUAAUUUCUUUUGUAUUGGAAUGUUGUGGACUGCUGGAUAAGGUUCAUCACUAUAAAGUGGUUUGAGCGACUCUAGUUUUGUACUAGGAUCAUUAAGAAGCCAGGUAAGGUUCAUUCAGGUUCUCAAAGAAAUGGUUUCUCAAAUGUGCUGCUUUCCAGUUCCUUGAAUUACUUAAAGUGGCUUUUCUUGAAUUACUUCAAGACGUAACCAAAGUUUACUCGGUUGGUUGGAAGAAGAGACUGACCAAACCUUGUUUUGGGGGAGUUACUCAUGGAGACACUAAUGCAGGUUGACAAUGUGGGUGUUAGUAAAUACAAUGACAACAUCCUACAAUAAUCUGCAGGUGACUGAAGUGCUGUUAGUGUUGGAGGAAGGUUCACUUCUGUUGUGUAGUGACAUUAGUAAGCUCUGUGAUGAGUAAGACAAUUUACUGGCUUUCACCAAUUAUUGGAGUUGAAUAGCACUUGAAGGGUAAGUUUCCCCAGUGUUUUAGUGUCAGAGAUUGAAAGUGUAAGUUUUAGACCCUUUUGUACAUAACAUUCUUUUUUUUUUUUUUUUUUUUAAACCUAAAAAUGCUAAUAAAUCCGAACAUGUAUACAUUGACCAGAGAACGGAGCAGUUUCAGUCCCUACAUCACUGUAUAUAUUUGUAUGUCCUUAUGUUGAAGACUAGUAUUUGAACAUAUUUGUGUAAAUAAACGUGUUUUAUUUAUCGGGUA